GAGUGAAGAAUACAGUGGUGGAUGAGAGGAGUGUCAGAGUUACGAACAAGAAGCGUGUCGUGUUCGCUGGACUUUAAUAAAGUUACACAUAAAGAGAGAAGUUUCCUGUCGUCUAUACGCCAGGACGCUACAAUAUGAACGUGGUCACCGUUCAAAUUCAUUAUUUGUCAUUGAGUUGCGUUCAGUUCAUCGUUCUCAUAAAAGUGAACGUGUUCAAUGAACGCGUUCUUUUGCGUUCGUUCAAGCACAACACUGCCGGUGAGUAGAGUAAAAAAAACUGGGAUCCUCCCCUUUAAUUUGUGGGUUCUUCUUCAGUUCUGUUUGCUCGAUCCCCUCCUACGUCAGCCGCUGUGACGUAGCUGCAGCUGCUACACUUUCACUUUCACCUGACAGGAAGAAGCUUCGUGCGCACCAGAAAGUCCGGACAGGGAAGAAGACUCAACAUGGCAACCAACGACACUGAGGAGUCGAUGGAUACCGGUGAAGACGAGGGGGGCUUUGUGAAACUUCCUACAGCUGCUGAUGUGGAGAUGAUGACUGAAGAUCCAGUUCAAGUCGUUCUCUCCAUCAAGUGGGAGCAGGAUUUCACACCAGAACACUAUAAAUUGGAACUGACCAAAGCUUUCCAGACUUGGGUCAACACUAACAAGCUUGACGUGGUAAUCGAGGUGGAAGAAGCCUCUGACUCUGAAGCUUCGAUAAAGAUAAAUCCUGCUCCAGGAGGCAAACUCAUUUGGGUCCUGACAAAGCUGAGGGAAGCGAAGGGACAAACGCUGAGCAACAAAAACAGGAAAAUAGUCACUUUAGUGUCAGUGAGAUGUCCAGAGACACAAGAACCACAAAAUGCUCCAAUUAACCUCCCUUCACCAUCUGUGCCAGACCCACAACAUGAGUUAAGGCGCCCAGUUGCAGAUUCUGUAGCUGAAGAGGAGAAAUACACUUGUAAAAUCCCAGUUGCCGCUUACCUCUAUAUGAACCACAUCUACAAGGAGAACAUCGAUUGUAUAGCGGCAGACAAUGGAGUCAAAAUUGCAGCACAAGUUAUGGUAAAUUUUGAACCAGACAAGGAAAACGGAGACCCAUGCAAAGCUAUGUCUGAGUUCAGAAACCUCGUCCAGAUAUCCCUCACUCAAUCCGACAGCUUAAGCAUCCCUCUCAAGGUAAUGGCUCGGGAAGUCCUCCAGAAAGACAAGAACAAGGUUGUGCUUACGCCGUCCUCUGAGGAAAUGGUGGAAAGUGACCCAGGCCAAAGUCAGGAUGACAUCAGCAAUUCUCUCGAUAUGAUACAGACGACCUCAACUAACACCAAGCCUUCUGUUGGAGAGCCCACACGGUCGUCUUAUGAGAAACCACAGACGAUUGGCAUGAGCAUCAAGGACCCUCUUGCCUACGCAGGACUAGACAUUGAGGGGAGCGUCUGGAGCCUGAUGAAUACCUCCUUCAACGAGGAAGUAGCUGAGCUGAAAGCUAAGUUUAAUGUGGACUUAAAAGAAUCAGGCAUCGGUAAAGGACAAGUGAACAUCAAAGCUCUCUACAGAAGAUCUGAACCAAACAAAUCAAUGGAGAGCCAUGCUGUCAGGGCUCUCCUUCGUCUGUACCAGAGGAUCGGCACAUCCCCCCUGGGGUUAACCAAACGCUACGGUGUCAGUGGAUUCAACAGCUCUCUCAAGACAAAUGAUUAUCAGUCAGAGGGGGCGUCCGCUGGAGCUGUAUCGAAAGGGCCGCCAGGAUACAACAGGGGCUACGCUGAAGAACCCACAGGAGGGACAGUGGCUGUAAGAGAAGAAGACGCAAUCUGCCCCAUAUGCAUGGAGAAGUUCACCAAUAAGACCCAGCUGAAGUGUGGGCAUGAGUUUUGUAAGGAUUGCCUGCAACUAGCAAAGAUAAAUUCAGGGCCAAUCUGUCCUGUGUGUAGAGAUGUCUUUGAUGUGAUGAAGGGAGACCAACCGCCUGGUACAAUGAACUCGAACAUCAUGAGGUCAUCCCUCAAUGGAUUCCCAAAUUGUGGCACUAUAGUCAUCACCUAUGUUAUUCCAGGAGGGAAACAGACGGAACGACAUCCCAAUCCUGGACAAUAUUACCAUGGUACUAAAAGAGUUGCAUAUCUGCCAGACAACGAUGAAGGCAGAGAAGUGCUGAAGCUGUUGUCUCGAGCAUUUAACCAGAAGCUCAUUUUCACUGUUGGGAGGUCCAGAACUACUGGGCAGGAUAACGAGGUGACCUGGAACGACAUUCACCACAAAACCUCCCAAUCAGGGGGACCAGAGAAGUACAGUAGUCAAAUCUCUUCUUUAUUUUGUAUCCUCCUUCAGUGUCCAGUCUUAAGCCAGUUUUCAGACAUGAACUCAGCAGAAUGUCGAUAUGGUUAUCCUGAUCCUGACUACCUGAGCAGAGUGAGAGAGGAGCUGAAGGCUAAAGGCAUCAAGUGAACUCUGUAGUAGACGCAGGUCUGAAUUCAACAUGCAGGGAGGCCUCAGAUAUCAACAUGAUUAAUUUUGAUUUACGAUUAUCUAAAACCAAUAUUUAGUGUGAUACACAUUAUUAUAUUAUAUGCCGUUUAUUGUAGUUUCUCCAAAUGAUCACAUAGUUACUUUGAGAUUCAAUGGACAGUGUUCAUUGCUUAAGAUUGAAUUGUUUAGCAGCAUAUCUGCAUGUUUUAAAUAUAAUUUUCUUUGAAGGAAUAAACACUGUAAGAAUGAACCUUGAAUGUAUUCAUUUAAUUUAAUGUGCACAGUGCAUUUGAUCUGAUUUAUUGUUCACCUAAGACCUGAUUAAACUACUAAUAAAGUAUUGCACACCGA